UGUCAUUGUAGUCGUUGUGACAAACACGCCGAAGAGGGGAUAGGGUUAAGGGACCAAACGGGUUGAUUUCUCAACGACUCCUCUGAGGGGACUUCCCAGUUAUCGUCCGGUUUUUCGUUUAAAAGCAGACGGCAACACGAUGGCUACCCAGUUUCAUUUUUGACGCGCGCUGUAACAGUGUCAAUCACUAUGAGGUCAUCUUCUUACCUCAUCCGAUUGUCCACGCUAUGCGCGUUCGUACUCCUUCUCGAGUACGCGGUGCUCGCUAUUCCCAUUGACAACACGAAUUUCAUCAAUGCAACCGAAUGCCCGAGAAUCGUCAGCCGAAAGGAAUGGAAAGCCAGGGAGCGUCGCUGUUACGAAAUAAUGCCAGUAAGACCUGUACCGUACGUGGUAGUCCAUCACGGCGGUACAGAUACAUAUUGUUACGAUCAGGAGUCGUGCUCCGCGAUCGUUAGAGCCUACCAAAACUUUCACAUAGACGAUCACAACUGGUGCGACAUUGGCUAUAGUUUCCUCAUUGGCGAAGACGGCAACGUCUACGAGGGUCGUGGUUGGGAUGGCGUUGGCGCGCAUGCACCUGGAUACAACACCCAGAGCAUCGGCAUAUGCGUCAUAGGAAACUUUACCGGCCGUCUUCCGAAUGCGGCUGCUCUAAAGGCGUUGAACGACCUGAUAGCUUGCGGGGUUUCACUUGGCAAGAUAAAGAACAACUACAACGUGAUUGGUCAUCGACAAGCAAAGGCGACGGAAUGCCCUGGCACCAGCUUUUUUCACAAGUACGUAAAAAAUCUUCCCGGUUGGACUGAGCAUCCGAAACCUCGUAAUUCCACUGACACGAAGCCAAUAGUGCAAGAGGACGACACCGACUGGAAGUCCCGUUUGGAAAGCACGUCAAAUGUGCACGUAUAUGGGUACAUAUCUAUCAUAGGCCAUGUGGACAAAGAUCAUGUCCCAGAAGCAAUAUCUUCAAUCAAAUGGUUAUAUAUUACAUGCCAAGUCGCAUGCAGCAUCAGUAUCGUUUUGCAAGUCAAAAUGUACAUCGCGACGACGACGACAUUAAUCUUCGCGACGGUCUACGUGACACUCGUCACCCAAGAGGCUGCUGCCAAUAGCCCAAACAUCAUUUCUAGAGCGCAAUGGGGCGCUAGAGCACCGAAAUCCCCAGCUUUAAAUCUGAAAUUAAACCCAGCGCCUUACGUGAUUAUUCAUCAUUCGACUGGCUCCCGUUGUGAAACUCAAGCUAUAUGUCAGUUAAAAGUGAGACAGUUCCAGAAUGAUCACAUGAACAGAAGAAACUGGGCCGAUAUUGGCUAUAAUUUCCUAGUCGGUGAAGAUGGAAACGUUUACGAGGGUCGCGGAUGGGACAAGCAAGGCGCUCAUUCUGUAUCUUACAAUAAGAAAAGUAUCGGAAUUUGCAUCAUUGGAGAUUACAGUGACCGAACACCAAACGCAGCGGCGGUACAAGCAGUAACUAACUUGAUCGCUCAUGGAGUACAAAACCAUAAAAUAAAGAAUGAUUACAAGCUUCUUGGGCAUCUACAAACUUGGGCAACCAACUGUCCCGGAAACAGUCUUUACACAAUGAUAAAAUCGUGGCCUAAUUGGUCGGCAAAUCCAUAAAUUAAGUAUAAAUUAUAAUUUUUACGUACAAUGCAUAAUGACAACCUUUUUUAUCAGUCGCGAUCGGAAUGAUCGUAAACGUGAUUUCGUAAUCGAUUGACAAUUAUACGGAUAUUUACGAUGUUCGCAGCGUACUUAACUCCAUAAACGUCAAAAUUUUCGUCAUCAUUAAUUUCAUACUAGUGUAUAUCACUUUAUCAAACUAUAAUUAAUAUGUAAAUAUUUGUAAAAAUAAACCAAAGUCUUUGUUUAUA